AUGCAUCUAUCAAACAAACAACGUUUAAUGAAUAAAACAUUUACAAUAUUAUCAAAUAAAUAUAAUUUUGAACAAGAUCAAUCGAAUCCUAUUAUGGAAAAUACCAGUCAAUUAUCAACAACAUUAGACCAUAAUCGAUUUCGUACAUUUACAAAAUAUAAGAUCAAACAACAACCAACAACAGUUAUUGUCAAUCAAUAUCAACAACGAUAUUUUGAUUCACCAACAAUGAUUACACUAGACGAUGAUGAUAAUGAUAUUCCGUUAAUGCGUUGUUCAAAUAACAAAAGAUCUAUUACUACUAAUUCAGAACCAAGUCUUGAUGAUACUGAACUUAGUGAUCUUUUAAUUUUUACUAAUCCAAAUCGUAUUUUAACAGAAUCGAUGCAAGUUGUUAUAAGUCGUCAUCCAUCAUUGCAAGAUUUUAAGUAUGUUAAUGAUAUAAGUAGUGUAUUAAUUGAACCACAAGAUAAAGAAGAACCUAUUUAUCAAGAAUUAAUUCAAAUCGAUCAUUUAAUAU